CCAACCGACGGUCUCGCAGUAGAAACUUGAACCUUCACCUCCAACCAUCCCAACAAGACGAACCUACCUCCAGUCCAUAAUUGUAUCGAUUCCCCGCCGGACUCUUCCGCUUUCGCUCGCUGAGGUCCUCCUUUUCCACAAGGAGCAUUUUUUUCAAACUUCUGAUUCCUUUUUCUGCAUUCGAUUUCAAAGCGCCCAGUGCGUGAACAUUAAACAAUAUGGCUGAUUCGCUUACCGAAGAGCAAGUUUCCGAGUUCAAGGAGGCCUUCUCCUUGUUUGACAAGGACGGCGAUGGACAAAUCACCACCAAGGAGCUCGGCACUGUCAUGCGCUCCCUCGGCCAGAACCCUUCCGAGUCGGAGCUGCAGGAUAUGAUCAACGAGGUCGAUGCUGACAACAACGGCACCAUCGACUUUCCCGAGUUCCUCACCAUGAUGGCCAGGAAAAUGAAGGAUACCGACUCGGAGGAGGAGAUCCGGGAAGCUUUCAAGGUCUUUGACCGCGACAACAACGGCUUCAUCUCGGCCGCCGAGCUUCGCCACGUCAUGACGUCUAUCGGCGAGAAGCUCACCGAUGAUGAGGUUGACGAGAUGAUCCGUGAGGCUGACCAAGAUGGUGACGGACGCAUUGACUACAACGAGUUCGUCCAGUUGAUGAUGCAGAAGUAAAGGGAUUGGAGAGCGGCUCUUGUUUGAUCACGCAUUCAGAUAUUGGUUGUUUCUUAGCUUUCUUUCCGAGUUUGGCUUCCUCGAAACGAGUGAAUCGAGCAGCAAUAUGUGGGAAAGCCUUUUUUAAAACCAUUUGAAUUUCUGCUAUACGAUGAUAUCCGGCCGGCUCCAUAAACGAAAGGAAUGAAAAAACGCGGGUUAUGACAAGACAGACCAUUGUACCAGCAGCUGUGCUUUCUCUGUUUCCGUUUCUCUUUCCCUAUUACCGCUAGGUGUUUCUCAUCCGCUGAACUCAGACUUCCAUGAAGCCAUUUUGAUGCGUCUAGAACACCAAGACAUGGAUGACAUCAGGAUGCUGCCAUUGAUAUCAGGAAGUUGUUGGUUUACCUACCACGUACGCGACCCAUGCCUGUCUAUAAAUAAGCAGGCGGUUCUUUGAUGCCUUUAUCCUUGGGG